CUUUUUACACUUUCUUUUACAAAGCCACUUUGCAUUUUACUGAUUUACUUUAUAUUUUUAUUGCAAAUGGCAGAUUUUAGCACUACAAGUAGCAGCGAUUACGAGGAUCAUGUCAGCUUGCGCGACAAUAAAGACGACAAUAGGUUUGCAACCAAGAACCCCGCGCUACCAAUAAGCGAGCAAAGCGACAUUGUUGGCAAACACACGCUGCCAGAGGACGAAAAUGACAAUGGCACUGUUGCCCUCAAGGGCCCGCUGGUAGCAGAUGAGGAGGGCGUCAUUCUCAGCAAGCGCGUGCGGCCAGAUGACGAAGGCGGCAACGAUUCUUCCACCAGCACAACCAAACUAAACAAGCACGAUCGAGAUGAAAAAGGCGCUGAAGGCGAUAGCGGCGCCCAGCUGAGCAACGCUGAGCAAGUGGCUUUGCACUACAACACACGGCGGCAACUGGGAACUGAGGACCGCCUGCGCACAAAGAUCACUGGCCUGCGUCUGUUCAACAACUGGGUAAAAUCAGUUCUCAUUACUGAGCACACCUUUGCCAGAUGCAAGGUACUGGAUCUGGGCUGUGGCAAGGGCGGCGACCUGCUAAAGUGGUCUAUUGCCAAUGUUGGCGAGUAUGUGGGUAUGGAUAUCGCCGAGGUUUCGGUUGCGCAGGCGCGGGAGAGGUACAUGGCUAUGAGUUAUGCCAAGUUUCCUGCGCGAUUCUAUGCACAGGACUGCUACGGGGAGCCGCUUGAAAAAACAAUCGAGCCGGCGGAUUACAAGGCUGAUGUGAUUAGCGCCCAAUUCUGUCUGCACUAUGCAUUUGAGACCGAAACCAAGGCACACCAGAUGAUGAGCAAUGUCUCCUCACAUCUGGCCAAAGGUGGCACAUUUGUUUGCACAAUUCCGAACGCCAACUGGCUUGUGAAGCAGCUGCGCGCUUCAGAGUCAACAUCUUUUGGUAACGACGUCUAUACGGUCAAGUUUGCCACAAGUGACCCCCCUACGCUCUAUGGCUGCGCCUACAAAUUUACCCUCGAUGAGGCUGUCGAGGAAUGCACUGAAUACCUGGUCAACUUGCCCUCAUUUAUUGAGCUCGCCAAGUCAUAUGGGCUUGAACUAAUGUACGUCCAGCGGUUCCAUGAGCUCUUUAACGCUAAAAUAGACGACCCCAAGUUUCUCGGGCUGUUUAGGAAAAUGCGCGUGAUCGAUGAUAUAAGACAGGAAAUAUCGGAUGAUGAGUGGGAGGCGGUAAACAUUUAUAUGGCGGUGGCUUUUAGAAAAAAAUAAAUAAAUAUUUUUUCGAAAAUAUUCCUUCUCCAUUUUGACAAAGAGUACUCGGCGUGUUUUUGAAACGUUACCUUUAGGUGUUAGUUAUGUUUUCUGAAAUAAAGCUAAGCUUAAGUGAAGUUUUUGUAUGAAUUUGAAAAAUGUCUAUAUUGAAUAAAAAGAUAAAAAAAAGGGCCACUACAUACCUGGGAUGCCAAAUCCACCAAGACCACCAAGACCACUAAGACCACCAAGACCUUCAGGUAGGCCAGGGAAGCCACCAGUAGCAGGGCGCUGUUGAGGUUGAGUCUGAGCCUGGGCGGCAGGGGGUUGGGCCACCUGUUGGGCAGCUGGUCUAGCAACUGGCUGGGCAGCAGUCUGGGGAACUGCCGGUCUUGCAGCAGGCUGGGCAGCGGCCUGGGGAACUGCCGGUCUUGCAGCAGGCUGGGCAGCGGCCUGGGGAACUGCCGGUCUUGCAGCAGGCUGGGCAGCGGCCUGGGGAACUGC